UUUUGGAGUUUACUAGGAGUUCAUUGAUGUAUUAGAAAAAAGUUAUUUUGUACAACAAAUGUAACUGUAUUUUACACAGUUUAAAUGGGCAACUCUUGCUUCAAUAUACCAUAUAUACACCAUCAUGCUGCUAUUUUAUUGUUUUACUUAGCUCACACCAUGACCGUGCCGCUGGAUAAUUAUUUCUAUUCAUAAUCAAAAAUCAAUAUAUAUUUCUGAUUUAAAUUAUUUCAUAGGUCAAUAUGGUUCUUCAAAUAAUUAUCGCAGUCAACAGCCUAAUAUGCAAGUUCCUAAUGAUCUUGUUAUGAAGCUCAUGGAAGCACAACAGAUUCAAAAGCAACAUGAAAAUAUGGUUGCAAAAGCAAUGGCUGCUCAACAACAACAGUCUAAGCAACAUAUGUACAAACUUCCAGUAGAACUUCAAAAUAUGGUCAACUUCUAUACCCCUACAAAAGAUAUAUUGCAAAGCCGGGAAGCCCAAGAAAUGCUUAUGGGAAUAAAACGAGGUGAAGUAAUGCUACAUCAUUUGGUAGAACAAUGGAAAAAGACUAGUGCUAAUCAGUCCCGUUAUCGUGAAACUCUAAUUUGUCUGAUGAAAGUAUUCCAACAUUCAAGCAAUGCCCAAAGAAUGGCUAACCAACAGGACUUAGUUUACCAACAACAACAAGCUGCAUUAUAUCAAAGCCAAAUGCUUAAAAGACAAUUGCUUGAUCAAAACCAUAAAAGGAUGGAAAAUGUUCAUAAUGCAUCAUAUGGUGAAGGUAGUAUGGAUUUAGGCUCAACUCAGUCACAAUCUCAACCAAGAAUUGGCCUUACUCCAACAUCUGUAUUGCGUAAAAUGACUUCUACCUCAGAACCUUUGAUAGACAAACACCAUAAUAUACCUGACGAAAGAUCUGUUACCCAGCAUGCCCUUCAGCAUCAAAUAAACACUCUACAACAGCAAAUUCAGCAACAACAGUUUAUGCAGCAGCAGCAACAACAGCAGCAACAACGUCCAGUUAAUACAACUAUCCAGCAAAUACUUAGUGGUAAUUAUCCCAGAUACCAUGGAACUCAACAACAGCAGCAGCCACAAUCUAAUAAUAUGAAUGGUCGCAGUUUAAAUUAUGGUUCUGGGGAUAAAUCUCGUAUGAACCGGGUACAAUCUCCUGUUAGCAAUCAGCUUGCACGAUGGUUUUCUCCAGAACUGUUAGCACAAGCCCGUGCUGGCCGUUUGCCAAACAUGCCUGCUAUGUCACAGAAUAUAAACAUGCUCAGUGUUGAGGAUAUUGAAAAGUUCCAGGUUGGUGGUCGCUCUUAAUUAGUAAAAAUUAUGGCGACUUCUACUGUUUAAUUUAUAAAUCGUAAAAACUAUAAAAAAAAAAAGUUGUUAUUCCUUUUAAAUAUAUAUAAAUAUAGGGCUCUUCUCCAAGUCUCAAUAUUUACUUUCCUUUCCUUUUGUUUUAUUAUGGGGUUCUUAAUUUAUUCUAAGUUCAGUGUUUUAUCCACUGACCUCUCUUUAAARUAAUUUCCUCAAAGCAAUUCAGAAAUGUUUUUCUUUUCUUUUUGCAUGUUUAAACAAAAAAUUAACCAUUAAUUUUUGAAAAAUUGUAAUUUUAUUCUAAUGAACUUGAAACACAUAUUGAUUUUAUAUAACACAUUAUAAUUUCAUUAAGAUUAUGAACCUCUUGUGUACAAAAAUUCAUUAUUAUAUCUUUAGAAAACAACGUGUAUAUAAGUACAAAGAAUUAUUUUCUUAUGUACCAUUUGUCUGUGAUGUUAGAAGUUGUAUAUGAAAUGUAAGUUUGAUAAGUCUUUGUAUUACUAGAGUUAAAAAAAAGAGCCGCUAAAGCGGAGAUAUGUAUGAAAAAAUAAACUAUUGUAAUUACAAUAUAUACUUAUAGUUUUUGACAAACUCA